AUGGCGGAGAUUACGCCGGAGGAUAUGGUGGUGGAGGUUAUGAUGGAAACGGUGGUUGGGGUGGGGGAUACGAUGGAUACGGCCAAGGCCAAGUUUGUUGUCGUGUUAUGUUGCCUGAUGGCCGUCGCCUGGGCCAUGCCUGCCGCAGAGCUUUCGCAAGCGAUAGAAACUCCGAAAAAUCGUGCGGUGCUCCUGGUGCGGGCUGAAGAUGACGGUGGCGACGAUUUGGUUGGCGCCGAAACGGCUCAAUUCGGAGAUUUCGGUGGAGGCUUCGAAGUAGACAUCUCUGGAGGAUUUGGUGGAGAUUUCGGAGGAGGAUACGGAGGAUACGGCGAUGGGUAUGGCGGGUACGGAGAUUAUGGAGGCGGUUAUGGAGGAUACGGCGAUUAUUAUCCUCGCCACCAUCAUCAUCACCGUCGUUGGUGA